AUGUGGUUUGCCCCCAUGCAGAGUGCGGUGGAUAGUGAAUGGCAGUUCAGGCUGAUGGCUCUGCUGAAGGACAGGUGGCUCCAGCCCCGAGCCUGGCUGGGGCUCCUGGACACCUGGGGCAGGACGUGCGGUAACGAGUAUCCGCAGAGUAACAUCAAGCGCCUGAGCAUGUCGGCCGGCGUGCAGCUCAUCCUUCGGCGCAUGCUCAAGGGGCACAAGUCACUGAGCCAUUGA